UUACCUCAACUUGUAUAUUUUGUUUGUGCUAACUUUCAAACUUCCUUGAUAGAAAACGAAAUGCAAUGUGUACGUUUUGUUCUCAGCAUAGUUUUAUCUUUAUUUGUGUAUACAAUUCAAGCAUCCAAUGAUGCUUCACAUAAGUCUUGCGCCCUGCAUAAAGAUUAUAUCACUCAGGUCGAGAAAGUCGGGACUGCAGUAGACUAUUCUAUAUGUCUUCCUCGAACUUCUAAAGCAGGCCAAUCGGAACUUAAUAUAACAUAUAAUGAUGUCUUGAUACCGAGAGAUGAGAAAACUGCUGAUGUUUACUUUACUUCGACUGCUCUAGAUCAACCUUCGAAUUCAUUGAACUUCACACUGCAUAUCCGAAACUUUACGGUGUACAACUUUGGAAACUCUACAGUUCAAAUAUUUUUUGGAGAAAGUUUAGAAACAGAUUUGACACUUGUGAUCAAACCUCCAGGAGAAUAUUCACUAAAAAUGUAUACAAAAAAAGAAGAUGAAAAUGAAGUGGUGGUGGUAUGUGAAGCGAAUUGGUUCCCUAAGAUGAUUGAAAUAAAAGAUAAAUUAACUAACAAAGUGUUGGCAACCUUAAAUAAUUCUUUGAAUCAGGUCGAGAAGAAAACUGCCAAUUAUCAAAACGUGCUCCCACCUUGCAGAAAUGAAGAUGUAUACGUCUGUCUAGUGACAGAUUUCCAAAACAACGUCAAACAUGUGGAGCAUGUCAAUAAAAGACGUCUGUGUGCUGUGAAAUUUUGUGAUGGACAAACACAGUCCCAAAGUUUGAAUGCGACUAUUGGAAAAUCUCUGAAUUUCUCCGUUUGUUUAAAUCUUAGCCAAGACUUCAUUGUUAAUAUUUCGACAAAGAUAAACAAUGUAUCGUACAAAGAGACUCAAGCUAUCUCAAGUAACAAAUCUAUAAUACUUUAUUUCUACAUAAAUGAAAUGCUUGAACGUUACAUCGGGAAUCAUACGCUUAGUAUUUCUACUUCGAAUUCUAGUCGAGACGAGGAACUGAAUAAAAACAUUGAAUUUAACGUUUAUGACCAGUAUGAAUAUGAAACAAAUCAACCUACAAUAGAAAUACAUGCGCUUAAAAAUGGUACCGAGUCAAAAAAAGUCUUACCUUACGAAGAGACUGAUGAGAAUACGGAAGCCAAUACACAUGUAUAUAUCCUCGGUAUUACUGCCUCUGUGCUACUGGUAGCUAUUCUUCUAUACAUUCUUAUCUUGUUCAAAAGAGCUCUAUUUAAAAGGAGAAUCCCCGAAAGCGACUACAACAUUGAGGAGAGGUACAGAAACAUAAAAACAAAGAGAGAAACAGUGAAAGAAAGAGUUACAGGGAUAAAGAAAGAAACAGGUUAUCUCAAUGUCAGAAUAGCACAGCUUGAUUCUUUUCAUCAAUUAUUGCAUCCAGACGAUACCACUAGGACUUCUAAUGAACAUGUGUACACGAAUUCUAUAGUACUAGACAGUGAUCUAACUGAGACGUCAUUAGGGGACAGCUCAGAGAGUGGCAGAUAUGUGUCAUCAGAAGGACUCAUUUACGUCACUCUAACGAAAGAGGGCCUAUUGAAAAGACCAUUAGUACUGGAAAAAGAAAACUCUCAAGAAAAAAUUAUUUACGCUUCACUUGACAUGAACCGAACAGGCAAAACGUCCUUUGGAAAACACAAGCAAAGAAAACACUAGUUUUGAAAUAUAAAUUUUAGAAUUUUACCAUUAUUAUCAUAAUCUAUCCGUUACUUUUGUCGUAGGGGUGCAGUGACAAUUCACGAAACUUAAACCCUCUACUUCUCCUGGUCAGCAGCUUUGCACGAUAACACAAGAGAGGCAGUCAUUUCUAGUACGUUGUCCAGCCAGAUUUUCUUCUGACCACUCUUUCUUUGUGCUAUAUCCCUCUAACUUUAACGAUGACUUUUGACAGUGAGUCAUGUCUUUGCAGGGGGCGCUGUGGCUGAGUGGUUAAGCGCUUGGCUUCCGAACCUGAGGUCCUGGUUUGAAACUCGGUAAAGAAUGGGGUUUUGAAUUUUAGAAUUUUUAGGGCGCCCCUGAAUUUAUCUAACUCUAAGGGGUACCUGACUUUAGUAAAGGCCACCAAGCUCAUUAAAUGUUCAACAAAUAAAAUGCAUGACCAUAACAUUCUCUGCCCUAGAGAUCUCAAGGUCUGAAAGGAAAACUUUACUUUUACUUUCAAUGUCUUGCAAUAUAGCCGAGCCAGACCAACUUAGAAGUUUAGUCAAUAAUAGAAAUGAAAUCAUUGUCAAUUUUAUAAGAAAUUGGUUUGCAUCCACUGGCCCCUCAAAUUAUCAGCUUUACUUUGUUUUCCUUUGGCUAUUGAAAGAUUUCAAUUAUUUAUUUUUCUCAUAAUAACGAAGUUUAAGGGUUAUAAGUAUUUGAUUACUUACAAUACUUGGCAGUAACAUACUUUAUUCAUAAUUUAAUGCAAUGUUAUUUCAUCGAUAACUUUUCAUUGAUAUUAAUAAUGAAAUGGGUCAUUAAAAAAUUCAAAACGUGGUUGUAGUCUGUGUAGUGGAAGAUUUAGAAAAGGCAACCAUAAAAAAAAAAACAUUUAAAUACUCAAUACAAUUGUAAGGCUGAUAUCGCUACACAAUAUAAAAUUUAGAUUUCAAUAUAAAAUCGAAUAGAAUAAAAAUAGAUCUGAAAACUUCUGGAUGGUAAGCUCAUACUGUCCUCGAGAGAAUAAAAUUGUGGCGAGUGGCUUACAUCGCUUUGCUGAUUUAUGUUCCAAUCUCUACUUGACCUCUCUUGUGUCUGUUGAGCGCCCAAAUGAAUCAAGGAAACUUUUUCGCUCCCCCCCCCUCCCACAUGUCCUAAAAGAGCUGAAAUCAGAGCUUACUGAGUAUGCUGGAAUAGAGUGAUGAUAGAAUUGACAUACAAAUUGCUUGAAAAAAAGUCAAGACAAUUGUACAUUCAAAUACAUUUUAUAUAACUGUAAUAUUGAAAUUCUCUCUCAAAGGCAAGUCUCUAGUAUUUGAGAAAAAAAAAUGAGAGAAUUGAAUUCCAUUACACAUGAUUGUUAAGAUAAUUUUUCUAUUAAAAAUUAUAAAUUGUACGAUUUAAUUGGGUUUUUAAAAAAUGAAAUUUACGUAUAAUCAACUCUCAAAUGCAUUUAAUAACCCACAUCUCUGUAUUUGUUUGAUACAAAAUAUUAAAUAUUAUUAUAAUGUUAUUACUUUUGUGUUGUUCUUUGUUAAGAUUGUUAAGAUAAAUUCUGUAUUAAAAAUUACAAUUUGUACGAUUUUAUUGUUUUUUUUUUAAAUGAAAUUUACGUAUAAUCAACUCUCAA